GAAGGAGCCGGGCAUUCGCCACCACAUCUCCCUCUUUUCUGGCAGCACCCAACACAGCCGCUGAGCCAAAGUGCGCAGGGUAUGGGCAAAAAAACAACUUGUCCCCCCCCUCCGAGGCUGGACUGAACCCGGCUCUCAUGCUGACGGCUGCAGGGGAGCCCAGUCGGACCAGAUUCACUCCUAAUCCUGCACCAGGAGCACGUCAGGACGACCUAGCCGGACUUUGUGGUUUUACUUUUUUGCUCUGGUUUUCAAAACAGGCCCGUUAGAGGUCGGAGCCCGGCCUCUCUGAGGAUGCCGUCCCUGCCUGCGCUUUGAGGAAAGAAAGAGCCGUCUCCGCUGGGAAGCCCAUGGCCAAAUGUAGGGUGGUGGUGGCCGAUGAAAAGCAGUUCAGGGGCACGAUGUCGGCCACUCAGGGGAUGAACCGCAGCGGCGUCUACAACUACUUCCUCAACAUGGUGGCCUAUCAGAUAUGCUGCUGCUGUGGACCGGCCCCCUGCUCCCUCUGCUGUGCCUUCUGCCCCCCGGUCAAAUCCUCCACCAGCACCCGGGUCAUGUACACCCUCUUCCACAUCAUGAGCUGCGCCGUCUCCUGCCUCAUGCUGUCCCGCACCGUCUCCGAGCUCGUCAGGGAAAACGUGCCUUUCUUCAACAUGGUGUGCGACCAGGCGCACGGCGGGGGCCACUGCGAGAUGCUGGUGGGCUACUCGGCCGUCUACAGAGUCUGCUUCGGCACGUCCUGCUUCUACCUGAUGAUGGCGAUCUUCCUCAUAGACGUGAAGUCCAGCCAGGACUUCAGGGCGCUCAUCCACAACGGGUUCUGGUUCCUGAAGUUCAUCACUCUGCUGGCGAUGUGCACCGCUGCCUUCUUCAUCCCCACAGAGUCCUUCUUACACGCCUGGCAUUAUGUCGGCGUGGUGGGAGGAUUCGCCUUCAUCCUCAUCCAGCUCAUCCUCAUCACGGCUUUCGCUCACACGUGGAACAAGAACUGGUUGACGGGGGCGGCGGAAAACAAGCGCUGGUACCUGGCGGUGACGUGCGCCACCCUCUUCUUCUACACCAUCGCCACCAUGGCCUUCACCUUCAUGUACAAGUACUACACGCACCCCAUCGCCUGCCACUUCAACAAGGCGCUGCUGUGGAUCAACCUGGGGCUGUGCGGCCUCAUGUCCUUCAUAGCCGUCACGCCGUGCGUGAAGCAGAAGCAGCCUCGGUCCGGCCUCCUUCAGGCCUCCAUCAUCAGCUGUUACGUCAUGUACCUCACGUUCUCCGCGCUGUCCAGCCGACCGCCAGAGAAAGUUGUGUACCAGGGCAUGAACAUGACCGUGUGCUACCCCAGCGUGGGACAGGACGGCAUCCAGAACGAAGGCAACGCCGUCGCCAUAAUCGGAGCUGCCAUCAUGUACUGCUGCGUCCUGUUUGCUUGUAACGAAGCGUCGUACCUGGCUGAGGUGUUCGGGCCGUUUUGGAUGAUCAAAGUUUACCGCUACGAGUUCCAGAAAGCCACCUGCUGCUUCUGCUGCCCGGAGGAAGAAGAAGUCGAGGAGGAGUUCGAGGUCGACGACGACAACAAAGGCUGCCAGAAGGUGAUUCACAACGAGACGCAGCGCGUCGCCUACAGCUACUUCUUCUUCCACUUCGUCUUCUUCUUGGCGUCGCUCUACGUCAUGAUGACCCUCACCAACUGGUUCAGCUACGAGUCAGCGGUGCUGGAAACCACCUUCACCCACGGCAGCUGGUCUACGUUCUGGGUGAAGAUGUCGUCGUGCUGGGCCUGCGUCCUCCUCUACCUCUGGCUGCUGCUGGGGCCUCUGUGCAGCUGUCAGUCCGAAUCCAGGCCGCGGCGCUCGCGCAUCAAACGCCGCUCGGCGUCUUCGCGCCACGUCACCGUCAGCGUCUGAGGCGCAUGUGGGGGGGCGGGGGCGGGGCCAGGGCGGGGGGGUUUAAUGGGACGUGCCGCGAUGUGGACAAGGGGUCGGGGGACUCGGAGCCUCCCCUCCGCAGGGGGAGGCUGUCAGGGAUGGAUGCCGCUGGGGUCGGAGGUCAGAGACUCACGCAGCUUUGAGAAAAGAACCCGACGUCAAAGGCCCCGACGCCCGUGAAAUUAAACCGCUAACAAAAGACUGUGGUUUUUGGAAACACACUUACUUACAGUACGAAUUGCCAAAGGGAUCAGAAGGAGUGAGCUCUCACUCGGUAAGAAGCUGGAAAGACGGAUACGUUUCUAAAGUUUGACCGUUUGAUUUUAGUAGUAUUUUGUUUUUUUUUUAUUUAGACUUUUUAAUGUUCUAGAUUUUUGCUGUAAUGUUGCUGCAGAGGAACACGCCCCCAAAAACAUUAAAAAAAAAAAAACUUCCUUUAAAUGCAGAAUCUGCCCUGAAUCAGAGUCUGGUCAAGUCUCUGACCGCAGACAAACAGUCCAAGGUUGUUGAGCAUGAGCAAAUCUUUCUUUUAACAGGCGCAGACACAGAUACCGACACGUUCGUCUGGUUUCGAUCAUGAAUGAUAAUGUUUACGGUGGCUUCUCUGCCACAAACAUGACUGAAGAUGUUCUUUCUGGUUCCGUUUGAAUCCCACAGACAAGUUUAGCAUUUUUUUUUUAAACAUGCACAGUCUGUCUUUUUUAAAAACUUAAAUAUUCUAGAUUCAAAUGUGCAUUUUAAUAAUCAGCUACUAGUUCAUGCAAACCUUGAAAAAUUCCGUAGCCGUUUGUCCAGUGAGUCCUGUAAAUAUCUCCUUAAAUUUCUUUUUGUGCACAUUUAGUCCAACGUUAUUCAUCACGGAGCUUUAGCCUGGAUAGCUUAGCUGUGGAUGCAACCUUCUCCUCCAUGUUUCCAGUCUUUAUGCUAAGCUAAAGCUAAUAUACUCACAGUUAUAGCCCUGCACACGUGUAAAAAAAAUAAUGAUCUGCUGCAAAAUGUGUCCAAAAAUAAUAAAGAAACCAGAAAACGCAUAAAGAGAAACUGCAAAUUCAUUCAUGAAGUCCCAGCUUCCGACUCUUUUUUAUUUUCCAAAGCCAAAGAAAGAUUUGUUCAUGUGUUUAAAAUAAAACCGGAAAGUGUUUGAGAUCAUCUCUGCAUUGUGGGAUUCAUCCCUAAAUGGAAAAGGUUUACUAGAGCGAGAGGCAGCUAAACAGAGACGCAGCAUCGACGCGUUAAACGCCGCGUUGCUAAAAAAAUGCACGCUAGCAUUGUGUCGCUUUACAGUGCAUCAUUCACUUCUAUGCUGAUCGCUAACGUCCAGAUAGAAUGAAUAUUUGUUUACAUUUUGUUUUGCAUUUGUUACUCAAUUAAAAAAAAAAAAAAAAUGAAACCAAGAGUGCUUAAAAAAAAAAAAAAAAAAAAGUACUAAACCAGUUUGAGACGGGAUAGAAGCUUCCUGCCUCCGAGUCGACUGUCUGUGAUGACGUUCAUACAGUUAAUGAGCAGUAGUCCGGCUACACAGAGCACAGCCACACCGAUCAGCCACAACAUUACGACCAGCACAGAGAACAGGAGAAGUGAAUGACGUCGAGUUCUGCUGGGAAACGUUUGGACCUGGCAACGUUUUUUGGACACGUUGUACAAACCUAGACCAGACCAGGCCUCUAAAUUCACUAGAUCCCAAACUGAUCAAGUAUCUGUGGGAGGAUCCAAAGAGGCCCCUCCCCUCCAAAGGCCCCUCCCCCUAACAACACCCCCUAUAGGCCCCCGUCUGUUCUCACCUACACAAUAUUAGGAAGGUGGUCAUAAUGUUAUGCCUGAUCGGUGUGUAUUACCUGCAGUUUAAUGUAGUUUUUUCCGUUGUAGUAGAUGUGAAGUUUCCUUCCUUGUUCUCUCAUUCUUUAUCUUUUUUUGUAAAUACAUUGUUUUCUUAUAAA